GGUAUCCAGCGUUUAUGUAGAGGUAAUAUAAGAGGCGCAUCUUCGAGUUUGCACAUAGUUAAACAAACCGGCCGUCGGAGAGCGGGUCAUGUUGGCGAAUUUUAGCACAAACAGUGCCGAGUUGUAAGGGCUUCGUAUUGUGCCGCGGAUUAGGGUUGUCUCUGGACAGCCAGCGUUUUAAUUAGACGGUUAAGGCCUAAAGGGCCACCUCCGGGCCAUGGGACCCGGAAUAAUGAUUAAAUUUUGUAUCUUGGCGGUGCUAGCAUUGUCACUGGUUAGCGCCGAUAAGCCAAAAACUGAGACAACUUCAACGACCGCGAAAAAGGCAACUGAAGUACCCGCGAAGAAGACAGUCGAAGUACCUUUGAAGAAGGCAUCUGAAGUGCCCGUGAAGAAGGCAUCAGAAGUGCCAACAAAGAAGCCCCAUGUAGAACCCGCGCGUGAAGGAAGGCAGUUGAGUCCUUACCCUGGACAACAAGACAACGAAGUGGUGGUCGACAUUCAGGACGACGAAAAGAAGCAGUACUACGAAACCAACUAUGACACAAGUGCGUAUGGUUUCGGAUACGAUGUCGGCCCAAACGGACAGUUUCAUCACGAGAACCGCGGUCCCGAUGGUGUCGUCUACGGAUGUUAUGGUUACGUCGACACCGAGGGCUACCUCCGCGCCACCCACUACGUUGCCGACAGCCACGGCUACCGAGUCGUAGAACCAGAAAAACCUGUCGAAGUUUUCCCCGAUGAGAAAUACGAAUAUGACGAAAAUUACGAACCCACGCCAUCCGCGACGGGUCAAACCAUUCCGUGGAAUAAGUUAUUCUUCCCCCAGGGAUGCGGUCGCACUCCUGGCGGAGUUCCACCCCAACCGUUCAAACCAAAACCUAAACCUAAACCCCCUGUAGAUAGCACCGGACAAACUAGCAACCCCAGUCCUGGCGUCGCAUACCCUGGUCAAGGCCCUAAUGGCCCUUACGGUCCUGGCGGCUCCGGCGGCUCCGGCGGCCCUGGUGGUCCCGGAGGACCAAAUGGACCUUACGGACCUGGUGGUCCCGGAGGACCAAAUGGACCUUACGGACCCGGCGGUACUGGCGGACCUAAUGGUCCUUAUGGCCCAGGUGGUCAAGAUGGCUCAUACAGACCAGACGGCUCCUACGGUCCAGACGGAUCUUAUCAACCGGAAGGUUCCUACGGACCCGACGGAUCAUGGCAAGGUGGUUACUAUCCUGGCACUCCUGGAUCGCCUGGAACUCCUGGGUCGCCUGGCAGCCCUGGAUCCCCUGGUAGCCCGGGUACUCCUGGUUCUCCAGGCACACCAGGAACACCUGGUUCAGGCGGUGGAUACUAUCCUGGACAAGACGGAACAGGGGGACCGACUGGUCCUUCAGGCGGGGGAGGUGGCUACUAUCCAGGUAGUCCCGGCAGUCCUGGAACCCCCGGCACUCCAGGCACACCCGGAACACCAGGUGGCCCUGGGGGUCCAGGUGGACCAGGUGGACCAGGUGGUCCAGGAGGGCCAAACGGUCCAAAUGGGCCUGGAGGAUCUGACGGCGGUCAAUAUUAUCCUGCACUGCCCGGUAGUCCCGGUACACCCGGCUCCCCAGGCACUCCUGGUGGACCUGGUGGACCUGGUGGUCCCGGAGGCCCUGGGGGACCAGGCGGCCCAGGCGGCCCGGGAGGUCCAGAUCAACCAAGCUACCCUGGACAGCCAGGACAGCCUGGUACACCAGGAUAUCCAGGACAACCAGGAUACCCAGGACAACCCGGUACACCAGGACAACCAGGAACACCAGGCCAGCCAGGCUAUCCAGGACAAGGUGGACAACCUAUAAAUCCUGGUCAACCAGGAUACCCAGGCCAGCCCGGACAACCAGGAUACCCGGGACAACCAGGUCAGCCAGGAACACCAGGACAACCCGGAACGCCUGGACAACCAGGAACGCCAGGACAACCAGGACAACCCGGCUAUCCAGGAACUCCUGGGCAACCAGGGCAAUCCGGAUAUCCAGGACAGGGUGGACCACAACAGGGAGGUCAGCCUAUAAAUCCUAGUCAACCCGGAUACCCAGGUCAACCAGGACAACCUGGAUAUCCAGGCCAGCCCGGACAACCAGGAACACCAGGUCAACCCGGAACACCAGGUCAGCCUGGAACACCAGGACAACCAGGACAGCCCGGAACACCAGGACAACCAGGAACACCAGGACAACCAGGACAAGGUGGACAACCGAUAAAACCUGGUCAGUCUGGAUACCCAGGCCAGUCAGGUCAACCAGGAUAUCCAGGACAACCAGGACAGCCAGGAACACCAGGCCAGCCCGGAACACCAGGGCAGCCAGGUCAACCGGGACAGCCAGGGACUCCAGGCCAGCCCGGAACACCAGGGCAGCCAAGCUAUCCAGGACAAGGUGGACAACCUAUAAAGCCUGGUCAGCCAGGAUACCCAGGUCAGCCAGGCCAGCCGGGAUACCCAGGACAAGCAGGACAGCCAGGAACACCAGGAUACCCAGGACAGCCAGGGACUACAGGCCAGCCCGGAACACCAGGGCAGCCAAGCUAUCCAGGACAAGGUGGACAACCUAUAAAGCCUGGUCAGCCAGGAUACCCAGGUCAGCCAGGCCAGCCGGGAUACCCAGGACAACCAGGACAGCCAGGAACACCAGGACAGCCAGGAACACCAGGACAGCCAGGAACACCAGGCCAGCCCGGAACACCAGGACAACCAGGUCAACCAGGCUACCCAGGACAAGGUGGACAGCCUGUAAAUCCUGCUCAGCCGGGAUACCCAGGACAGCCAGGUCAGCCAGGAUACCCAGGACAACCAGGACAGCCAGGAACUCCAGGACAGCCCGGAACACCAGGACAGCCCGGAACACCAGGACAACCAGGUCAACCAGGCUACCCAGGACAAGGUGGACAGCCUGUAAAUCCUGCUCAGCCGGGAUACCCAGGUCAGCCAAGUCAGCCGGGAUACCCAGGACAACCAGGACAGCCAGGAACACCAGGACAGCCAGGAACACCAGGACAACCAGGGCAGCCCGGAACACCAGGACAACCAGGUCAACCAGGCUACCCAGGACAAGGUGGACAGCCUAUAAAGCCUGGUCAGACAGGAUACCCAGGUCAGCCAGGCCAGCCGGGAUACCCAGGACAACCAGGCCAGCCAGGAACACCAGGACAGCCAGGAACACCAGGACAGCCAGGCCAACCAGGCUACCCAGGACAAGGUGGACAGCCUAUAAAGCCUGGUCAGACAGGAUACCCAGGUCAGCCAGGCCAGCCGGGAUACCCAGGACAACCAGGACAGCCAGGAACACCAGGACAGCCAGGCCAACCGGGACAACCCGGUACACCAGGCCAGCCCGGAACACCAGGACAACCAGGUCAACCAGGCUACCCAGGACAAGGUGGACAGCCUGUAAAUCCUGCUCAGCCGGGAUACCCAGGACAGCCAGGUCAGCCAGGAUACCCAGGACAACCAGGACAGCCAGGAACUCCAGGACAGCCCGGAACACCAGGACAGCCCGGAACACCAGGACAACCAGGUCAACCAGGCUACCCAGGACAAGGUGGACAGCCUGUAAAUCCUGCUCAGCCGGGAUACCCAGGUCAGCCAAGUCAGCCGGGAUACCCAGGACAACUAGGACAACCAGGAACUCCAGGACAACCAGGACAGCCCGGAACACCAGGACAGCCCGGAACACCAGGACAACCAGGUCAACCAGGCUACCCAGGACAAGGUGGACAGCCUAUAAAUCCUACUCAGCCGGGAUCCCCAGGUCAGCUAGGUCAGCCAGGAUACCCAGGACAACCAGGACAGCCAGGUACUCCAGGACAACCAGGUCAACCAGGAACACCAGGACAACCAGGAACACCAGGACAACCAGGACAAGGUGGACAACCGAUAAAACCUGGUCAGUCUGGAUACCCAGGCCAGCCAGGUCAACCAGGAUACCCAGGACAAUCAGGACAGCCAGGUACACCAGGCCAGCCCGGAACACCAGGGCAGCCAGGACAACCGGGGCAGCCAGGAACACCAGGACAGCCAGGUCAACCGGGACAGCCCGGUACACCAGGACAACCAGGCUAUCCAGGACAAGGUGGACCACAACAGGGCGGUCAACCCAUGAAUCCUAGUCAACCUGGAUACCCCGGCCAACCAGGGCCACCCGGAUACCCAGGACAACCAGGUCAACCAGGACAACCAGGGCAGCCCGGAACACCAGGACAACCAGGUCAACCAGGCUACCCAGGACAAGGUGGACAGCCUAUAAAGCCUGGUCAGACAGGAUACCCAGGUCAACCAGGCCAGCCGGGAUACCCAGGACAACCAGGCCAGCCAGGAACACCAGGACAGCCAGGAACACCAGGACAGCCAGGCCAACCAGGCUACCCAGGACAAGGUGGACAGCCUAUAAAGCCUGGUCAGACAGGAUACCCAGGUCAGCCAGGCCAGCCGGGAUACCCAGGACAACCAGGACAGCCAGGAACACCAGGACAGCCAGGCCAACCGGGACAACCCGGUACACCAGGACAGCCAGGACAACCAGGCUAUCCAGGACAAGGUGGACCACAACAGGGCGGUCAACCCAUGAAUCCUAGUCAACCUGGAUACCCCGGCCAACCAGGACAACCAGGAUACCCAGGACAACCAGGACAACCAGGCCAGACCGGAACACCAGGACAACCAGGUCAACCAGGCUACCCAGGACAAGGUGGACAACCUAUAAAGCCUGGUCAGCCAGGAUACCCAGGUCAGCCAGGACAAGGUGGACCACAACAGAGCGGUCAACCAAUGAAUCCUAGUCAACCUGGAUACCCCGGCCAACCAGGACAACCAGGAUACCCAGGACAACCAGGUCAACCAGGACAACCUGGACAACCGGGUCAACCGGGGCAGCCCGGUACAGCAGGACAACCAGGCUAUCCCGGACAAGGUGGACAACAACAGGGCGGUCAGCCCAUUAAUCCUAGUCAACCUGGAUACCCCAGCCAUCCAGGACAACCAGGAUACCCAGGACAACCAGGUCAACCAGGACAACCAGGCCAGCCCGGAACACCAGGACAACCAGGUCAACCAGGCUACCCAGGACAAGGUGGACAGCCUAUAAAGCCUGGUCAGCCAGGAUACCCAGGUCAGCCAGGCCAGCCGGGAUACCCUGGACAACCAGGACAGCCAGGAGCACCAGGCCAACCGGGUCAGCCAGGACAACCAGUGCAGCCCGGAACACCAGGACAAGCAGGUCAACCAGGCUACCCAGGACAAGGUGGACAACCUAUAAAGCCUGCUCAGCCGGGACACCCAGGCCAGCCUGGACAACCAGGGCAGCCCGGAACACCAGGACAACCAGGUCAACCAGGAUACCCAGGGCAACCGGGUCAGCCAGGACAACCAGGGCAACCAGGACAACAAGGCUAUCCAGGACAAGGUGGACCACAACAGGGCGGUCAGCCUAUUAAUCCUAGUCAACCUGGUUACCCAGGCCAGUCAGGACAACCAGGUUACCCUGGACAACCGGUUCAGCCAGGACAACCAGGGCAGCCCGGAACACCAGGGGAACCGGGACAGCCCGGUACACCAGGACAACCUGGCUAUCCAGGACAAGGUGGACCACAACAGGGCGGUCAGCCUAUGAAUCCUAGUCAACCCGAAUACCCAAGCCAGCCAGGACAACCAGGACAGCCAGGAACACCGGGACAAGCAGGACACCCAGGACAACCUGGACACCCAGGCGCACCAGGACAACCAGGUUACCCAGGACAACCCGGACAGCCGGGCGCACCAGGACAAGCAGGUUACCCAGGACAAGGUGGACCGCAACAGGGCGGUCAGCCUAUAAAUCCUAGUCAACCAGGACAUCCAGGGCAGCCAGGACAGCCGGGUCAACCAGGGCAGCCAGGAAAACCCGGGCAACCUGGUACACCAGGGCAGCCUGGAGCUCCAGGGCAACCUGGAACACCAGGACAACCAGGCUAUCCAGGACAAAAUGGACCACAACAAGGCGGUCAGCCUAUUAAACCUGAUCAACCCGGAUACCCAGGCCAACCGGGAGCACCAGGGCAGCCUGGAACACCAGGACAACCCGGACAGCCAGGAACACCAGGACAACCCGGAUAUCCAGGACAAGGCGGACCACAACAGGGCGGUCAGCCUAUCAAUCCCGAUCAGCCCGGACAGCCAGGUCCACCAGGAUAUCCAGGGCAAGGCGGACAACCCAUAAAUCCUAGUCAAUCAGGCUACCCGGGACAACCAGGACAAGGAGGCGAUUCCGUCUCGUCGGGAACUGGUGUGCAGCCACCGACAUAUGUUCCAUCAACUCAAAUGCCACCUUUCCCAAUUUAUGUCAUACCUUUUCCAUUGCCUAUCGUACCAAGUCCAGGAUCAUGUCCCUGCUAUUUAUUAAAUCCUGGAAAUAACGGUACAGCAACGAACGAAAUGCAAGCAUCCUCACAUCCCGCAAAUGGACAGAGUCAAGGAUAUGCUCCGUACGGUAUUAUAGGAUUCAUACCUGUUGUUUUCGUUCCCUAUUGUCCAGGAAAUGGGAGUGCGAUGAACACUGCACAACAAAACUUCCCUCAAGCAGUACCGGUGCAAUACAAUUGUGCCCAAUGUCAGGCCAAUCGAGAUGUCUACAGAUUCGCAGGCCGACACAAUGGCGCCAGAGCGUUCAAAGAGCUUAAAGAACUUAAAUCGCUGGACGAACUUAACGAUCUCAUUCGAAAUAGAAUAAAACCUACCAAGAGGACAUUACGUCAAAUUGCAGCACAUCCAAAAAUACUUGAAACAAAACACUAGCAUUCGAUAAUAUGAUGCUGUCUAAUUUUGAGCCUGUCCGAAUAAAACUUGGACGGUCUCAAAAUUACAAAUGACGUACAGAAUUUCGGAAUUUCGAAAUAUUUAUGUGCGUCUUCUUUCUCUUCACAGAAUCUACUAAAUAUUUAUUAGUUUAUUUUACAAAUUUUAAUUUUAGUUUUUAUUUAUGAGAAUUUUGGUUCAGUAGGAUUUUUCUGUGUUUAUGAACAAUAAUUAAUUUAUGUAGUAUUGAACUCUACUUAAAUAAAUACAUUUUUAAUAAUUA